UUAAGAAAACUGCUUUGUUUUUUGUUUAUAACUGCUAUUCGAUCAACUGUUGACUAAUUCUACGAACGCUCUCUCCUCAAAGACGUCAUGAACAGUGCCGCGCGUCAGUGCUCGUUGAUUGCCUCCCGCAGAAGAAGCAUACUCUAUGCGCCGUGAACUCAUUUAGACAGGCAUUGGUUGCACGAUUACAGGGCUGAUAUUUUGGUGAUAGGAAUAGGGCUCAAAAUAUAUUCUGUCACCUUACGCGGACUACUAGGCUUAAACACUACAUUCCGCUAAUAAUGCAGCCUGGGAUAAAUACAAUCCCGGGUACAACACUACAAUGCAAGAUUCCAACAACCAAUAUUAUGGUGGAUUUCCACAACAACCAGCAUAUAAUCAUGGAGGCUACCCUUCGCAACCUUAUACACCACAGCAGCAAGGUUAUUCUGGCUACGCCCCAACGCCCGGUUUCCCACCACAGCCUGGCUUUGUACAGCCUGGUUUUCCACAGUACCCUCCACAAAACACUGAAUACAUGGGACAACCACAAAUGCCACCCGCAGGCUACGGAGCUUACGAUCCGGAGGAUCAGAGUGGAAAAGAUUUUGAUUUCACAGAUCAAUCAAUAAGAAGAGGUUUUAUUCGUAAAGUGUAUUCAAUAUUGACGGUGCAACUCGGAAUUACACUCGGAUUUAUCGCAUUAUUCAUGUAUCAUCGUCCUACAAAACUUUGGGUUCAGCAACACCCAGAAAUGUUUUGGAUUGCUUUGGGUGUUAUGAUCGUAACCUUAUUAUCGAUGGCCUGUUGUGACAGCGUUCGUCGAAAGACUCCGAUGAACUUCAUUUUCUUGGCUAUAUUCACUUUGGCGCAGUCAUUUCUGCUAGGAGUUACAACAGCUAAAUUUAGCUCACAAGAGGUGCUUUUGGCGGUCGGUAUAACAGCAGCUGUUUGUCUCGGAUUAACUCUUUUUGCUUUUCAAACCAAGUGGGAUUUCACAGUAAUGGGUGGUGUUCUGUUUGUAGCAGUUAUCAUUCUUAUGCUGUUUGGAAUAAUUGCUAUUUUCUUCCCGGGUAAAACUAUUACAAUCGUAUAUGCAAGCAUCGGUGCUCUUCUAUUCAGCGUUUAUUUGGUAUAUGAUACUCAGAUGAUGAUGGGUGGAAAACACAAAUAUAGCAUUAGCCCGGAAGAGUAUAUUUUUGCAGCAUUGUCUCUUUAUUUGGAUAUCAUUAACAUAUUUAUGUACAUUCUUACUAUUAUCGGAGCAACCCGCGACUAAUGGUUAAUAUGCAGUUAAAAACUGGAUAAGAUUCUGUUGUACAUUAUCUAUUUUUCUUAUAAACUAACAAAAUUAACUACUGAGAAUCAAUUUUGCUUAUCGGCGAUAAUUCAAUGCCCUUCAAAUGUAUCUUCAAAUAAUAGAAGCAAAGGUUUUACAGUUACUGUACGCUGAGUUCUUAAUAGUUAUCGCGAAAAGAUUACCUGUUAUUAUGUGUAUAAAGUAUAAUAUUAAUGUAUUUUAAAGUAUACAAAUAAAUAAAUAAAAACAAAA